AAAAGGAAUACUUAAACAUAUUUGCUUAUUUGUUAAAUCCGCUAACGUCAUAACGCAUUAGAAUUCGUUCUUUGCCCUUUCUUUACAUCCAUUACUCGCUUUCGUCUCCAUUCUCCAUCACAAACGCAGAGUUAUUUUGAACUGAGAAAUGGGGCAGAUCCAGUAUUCUGAGAAGUACUUCGAUGACACCUACGAGUACAGGCAUGUUGUUCUUCCUCCUGAUGUAGCGAAAUUGUUACCGAAGAAUCGUCUUCUCUCUGAAAAUGAGUGGCGUGCAAUUGGAGUUCAGCAGAGCAGAGGAUGGGUGCACUAUGCUAUUCAUCGACCAGAGCCACACAUCAUGCUCUUCAGGAGGCCACUGAACUAUCAGCAGCAACAAGAAAACCAGGCUCAGCAAGCUAUGCUUGCCAAGUGAAGAAACAUGUCUCUUGUUUCUUUCCCAAUGAAUCAAAUCAUAUACAGAUAGUAGUGUUCAUUUCAUCUAGAAAUGAUAUGAUAGCUUAUGUUGAUGUCUAGUUAAAUGUCUGAAUUUUGAAAAUGUGAAGUACUGUAAUGCUUAGCUCUUCAUUUUGAAGUUUAGGUAUUGAAAUAUUGUGUUCGAAUUGAUCAAGGUUUAUAUCUGUGUGCUUGGAAUUGGUGCUAUAUGAAUGUUACUGUGUGGAUUAAGACCUGUUUGCAUUGAUUCUAUUUGGUUAUUUA